AUGACUCGUUGGGAUUCUUUUCGUCACCCGUCAGCCUUCUGCCAUACGUUCUAUACAGACGUUGAGCAGUACCCCAAUGGUGUUGCUGAUGUUGCUGGAUACUGGGCGGAAGCAAGGAUAUUCGGGGGCGUUCUGCUCUUUGACAGAGGGGAAUCCGAAACCGAGUGCAAAGAGCUAUACCUGCAUGCCGGGCGCAGAGGGGGGCCGUAUACUAUAUUUCCUCUUACAAGAGACCAAUUUCAGGCUCUGAUCGACUUCUUGCUUGGUGAUUUGGACAGCACUAACUCCCGAGAGAGCCCCUUUCCUUUCAGAGCGAGCUCAAAGAACCGCUGGCGAUGGGACGACUGGGAUGCCAUAGCCAGGUACCACAUCUUUCGGGACAAGUACGAACGAUAUGCCCAACCUACUAAGCCUCCACCAAAUUACCGGUCCUCGAUAGACUGGCCAGAAAUAGCUGACGACCUGUACCUGAUUGAUGCGAUGCAUGAGCAUUGGAAUGGUCGGCCAGUAGACAAAGAUGAGAUUAGAGCAGCAUUAGAGCGGUUGAAGCAGAUUACUCCGUCUUCGCCUGCCUGGGAAAACCGCGAGACACGUCACUCCUGGGCGGAGGUAUUAUUAAAAUAG